AUGGUGCCAAGAAAAUUCUGCAUCCAGCCUAACGUGAUUGUACCAGCUCUCUUCAUGAUUAGUGCUGUAUGUGGAAUAGAAAAUGUUACCAAGCCAGUUCUGAUACGUCUGUCAGAUGAACUCAUGGAAGGCUACAAGAAGGGUGUAAGGCCAGUGCAUAACUGGAGGCAGACAACCACUGUCUUCAUAGAUGUCAUGGUGUAUGCUAUCUUAGGAGUGGAUGAAAAGAACCAAGUUCUCACAACAUACAUAUGGUAUAGACAGUUUUGGAUAGAUGAGUUUCUCACUUGGGACCCCAAGGAGUAUGAAAAUCUAUCUCAAAUAUCCAUUCCUACGGAGAAGAUCUGGGUCCCAGACAUUCUAAUCAAUGAGUUUGUGGAUGUUGGGAAAUCUCCAGAUAUCCCUUAUGUCUAUGUCAACCAUGAAGGAAGAGUUCUGAAUUAUAAACCUAUUCAAGUAGUGACUGCCUGUAGCCUUAAUAUCUACAAUUUCCCUUUUGACCUUCAAAACUGCUCAUUGACAUUCACCAGCUGGCUUCACACAAUUCAGGACAUCAAUGUAUCAUUAUGGAGGACACCAGAAGAAGUGAAAGAGGACAAAAGUGUUUUCAUGAACAAAGGAGAGUGGGAGCUUCUUUAUGUAUUACCCCAAUAUAGAAAGUUUGUGGCAAAUGAAGACAGUUUUGCAGAAAUGAAAUUUCAUGUUGUAAUUAAAAGGCGUCCCCUCUUCUAUGCUGUCAAUCUUCUUCUUCCUAGCAUGUUCCUCAUGGUCAUGGACAUAAUUGGGUUCUAUCUUCCUCCUGACAGUGGAGAAAGAGUCUCAUUCAAAAUCACCCUACUUCUAGGUUACUCUGUCUUCCUCAUUAUUGUUUCAGACACUUUACCAGCUACUGCCAUUGGAACCCCACUAAUAGGUGUCUACUUUGUUGUUUGCAUGGCACUGCUAGUAAUCAGCUUGACUGAGACAAUAUUGAUUGUCCGACUGGUACAUAAGCAAGAUCUCCAACCUCAUGUUCCUGAGUGGGUGAAAAGGCUGGUACUGGAAAAGAUUACACUGCUAUUAUGUAUUAGGGACAAGAAGAAAUUUGGCACCUCUCAAAUCCACAGUUCUAAUAUGUCCCGACAAAUGGAGAAUAGCAGCACAGCUAAGCUGGCCCACUACAACUCGGAAAACACUAAAGAAUAUGACAGAUCAAUAGGAGUCCUUCUACCUACAAAGGAGAGCUCUGUAGUUGUGGAUAGCAUCCUCCAUGAAAUUGCAUCCAUCCGGCAGUAUUUGGAAAAGAGAGAUGAAUACCGUGAUAUAGCAAAGGAGUGGCUACAGGUUGGCUAUGUCCUCGAUGUUCUACUUUUCCGCAUUUAUUUGGUGGCAGUGCUGGCAUACACAGUUACCUUGGCAACUAUGUGGUCCUACUGGCAACAUGCCUAA